CAUAUCAGAACAGAGAAUACGAAUGAUGAAGCACCAGAAUUCAUACCGACACGUCUCUACACAGCGUUUGUAGCCGAAGACGCGCAGGGUGGUACACCUAUUGUGCAGAUUCAAGCGUUAGACCCUGAUCGGGAUCAGGUAACAUAUGCGUUUUUGCUGAGCGAUGAUUUGGAGUCCACAACGAACGGAUUGUUUGAAAUUGAUAAAGAUACAGGAUUAAUAAGACUGCGAACAAAUGUGAAAUCCGCUGAUUUAUUACAUGCCGAAUCGCCGUAUAAUUUGACGGUGAUCGCACGUGAUGAUGGCUCGUGUUGUGGUGAUGAAGGAUAUGAAAAUUUGCAUUCACAAACGGCUACAGUGCUUGUUGGUCAGUUGGUUUUAUUUGCUGCUUGCCAGGCUUAUUUUUAUGAUGCGAAUCAAUCUUACUGA